GUUUGGCUACUACGAAAAAAAAAAUAAAAAAAAACUUCGGCACGAGCUGUCCGAGUUCCGAGUUAGACCAGUAGGAAAUUCCCUGCCGAACCGACACGACAGCCACUGUCCACCACCUUCUGGAGUUUAAGAUGAAGGAACCUGGUAUGCUGAUAGUCUUCACCCUGCUCUUGGCCGGUGUGCUCGCAGCACCGAACCCAUGUGAGAAUCUUGAGGAGCUGCGCGUCUGCAAUGACACACAGUACGAGACGUAUCGCGAGUGCGUGGAGGAAGUCAAAGCUCUACGAGUCAAACGCCAGGCCCUAUGUCCCCAGCUGUAUUCCAAAGCCAUAUCGAUUGAAGAAGAAACGGAGCAGGACGGCUUAUCCAACGAUAUACCGUCCGAUGUGGUUGAACCUUCGAUUGAGAUAAUUCCUGCUUUGGAAUCUGUUGUGACCGUGAAGCCGAUCGAAUCUAAUCUUGCUGCGAGCUCCAAGCCGAUGCUUAAGUCUUUAGACCGGAAAGUGAUAGUGCAAACAGAUGACGACGACUACGAGUACCGAGUGCCUACCAAUGUGACGACUGUGAUUCGCCUUACCAAUGUGGUAAACAACACCAAUGUAGUUAAUGUGCCUACGAAUGUGAACACUACUAACGUGAACAACAUUCACAUUUACGCCAACAUCACAGAAGGUGACAAUGGUUCGGACCGAGCCGAUGAGCCGAAAUGCUGUACAGCUGUUCAGCCGAAGUCGUGCCAUAUGUCUACGCAAGGCUACAGAUGCAAACAUAAGAAAUUCAAAACUUGUGGUUCUCAGUGUACCUCGGAUAUAGUACACGUCCAACGGAGAAAGCGUUGUGAUAGCCAAGGAAAUUGUAAACAGAAGAUAGCCUACGUACCUCAGCCGGAGAAACCAAAGUGCGUGUACAUUGAGCAGUGGCCGUUUGUUGUUUGUGGGAAGCCAGCUAAUAUGCAAGUUGUCUGUGAUGGGUGCUACGACCAUUACGGCUAUGGAUUUGAAGCUCUUCAUGGUCAACUACCGAGCCAGUGCCGAGGAUGUUAUGACGAUGCUUUCGAUCAAGGUCAAUUAUAUCGUCGAGGACCAGUACUGAGACCGUACUACUACCACGAACCACCGUGUUACCUCACCGGGUCAUGUCCUAUGGGCUACGGAGAUUGUGGCUAUGGUUGCUAUGGCCAUGAAAUGGUUGACCCCGCCUGGGGUGGUCCAUCACCUUACGAUCCAAGAAUGGAUGAAACCAAUAUGGCUUAUUUGGAUCAAGAUUUGGAAAUGGCAAACGAUACCGAAAGCGAUUGGGGUGUGCCGGUACACAAGUGUACCGUGGUCUCCGACGACAACACGAUUUCGGUACAAAAUUGUACUAGCACGGUUGACAACCAGUAUGCGGCGGCUCCCUCCAAUCACCCUUACUACAAACAACCGCGAGAAGAGCGAAAACCGUACAAAGUAAGACAAACUAUGCAACGGCAACAAAUGGUAGAAGAAGUUGAAGAUAAUGAUCCAUCGUCCGGAGAAGGAGUUAUCGUUCAAAACUCACAAGUCUCGUUCGUGGAUGAAGACGACGACAGUUAUUACUAUGACUUUAGUCAGUAGAGUUGUGCAUGUUUGCUGAAAUUGUAAUAAAACUAGUUUAAGAAACAUAAUUGUCUACCUCUUAAGGAAUAUCAGUGAAAGACAGUAAUAAAUCUCGCGUUAACUGCCUGUGGAUUAAA